AAUCACUCCAUUCACGUGGGCCCGUCACUUUACUUUACUUCGUCGGCCGUCUCCUCUGGCAGCAAGCAGCUCAGACUUCAACUUCUGGCUUAUCGUGGCAUUAUUGUUACCUCUCCGCGCCACCAUGUCGACCACCACCUACGAGACCGUCAUCGCCUACAUCCCGCCCAAGGUCGCCGCGUACCUCCCCCUCUCGAACGCGGGGUACGUCUACGCCGACAGCUGGAAGGACGCCAUCGACGUGUCCCAGCCGACGCUGUGGCUUGCGAUCGCUUCCAUCAUCUUCAACCCGCUCUACUGGAACAUUACCGCGCGGAAUGAGUACCGCAACCACACGCUCCGCAAGCUCCUCGGCGGCUCCCUCCCCGCGACCUACUUCUUCUUCGUGACCAUCUUCUCGCUCGGCAUCCUCCGCGACCAUCUCUACCAGAACGCGCUCCGCCACCAGCCCCACCUCGCUGUGCUCGCCCAGCCCGUGUUCAAGGCCCUCGCGCUCGCCCUCUUCGUCACGGGCCAGGUGUUUGUCGUCACCUCGAUCUACGCCCUCGGCAUUGUCGGCACUUACCUCGGCGACUACUGCGGUAUCCUCAUGAAGGAGCGCGUCACCGGCUUCCCCUUCAACGUGCUCGAGGACCCGAUGUACGUCGGCUCGACCCUCGCGUUCCUCGGCACUGCUAUCUGGUACGAGUCCCCCGCCGGUAUCGUUCUCUCCGCCCUCGUCUGGGUCGUCUACGCCAUCGCGCUCCGCUACGAGGGUCCCUUCACCGGUGAGAUCUACUCGUCGGCUGCCAAGAAGGCCGCUGCCGCCAAGAAGGAGAAGAAGGACGUCUCGGCCGCUCCCCAGACGCCCCGCAAGUCGUCGCGCAUCGCCGACAAGACCGACUCGGACGUGAGCUCGAGCGCCGCCGCGACGGCGACCAAGCUCAAGGCCGCGGCCGCCGAGGCCACGUCCAACGGCACCGCGACGCCCCGCCGCCGGACGCGCAAGUCUGUCGCCCCCUCGGAGCUCGGCGAGGGCACGCCGCAGCGUGUCACGCGCUCGCGCAGCCGCGCGCACGGCUCGGCCGGCGAGGACACCGACUAGUAGUCGAUCAAAAAGGCGACACAAGCCAUCUGCCUCAACGGCACAUAUACACGCGAUACCUUGCGACCCGACGAUACCCGCGACUCUGGCUCAUACCCUUGUCGUUGACACUACCCUCCCUGAAGGGAUAAUACGAGAGAGAUUGGUGUAAUAGCUGUCUGUACUCUUGUAGCGCAUUCAUCUGUGCGGCGCGGCGCGAAUGGCGCGAAUGCAGUGGAGGUGGUAUUUGGUUGGACUGGUCGGAGGGGGAGAUGACGCGGCACGGCACGGCUAGGGCUCGGC